GGUCGCUUUCUGCUGUUUCGCUUCCAAAACGUUGAUUCUAUAUUCUUGCAGAGUGGAAUAGUGUUUUUUUUGCGGCUGUGGCUUCUAUCAUCUAACGUCUUUUUAAACGCUCACGCCCUUCAAUCACUGAAUAUGGAGCUGAAGUCGAGUCAAGCGUUUGUGUCCGGUAGAGCGGCCGAUGAGUCGGAAGAGUUGCAGUUUCUGUUUUUCGAGGACCAAGAGCUGAAACUAGACGUACAACGGGACAAAGAGGAAAACAAGCAGCCACAGCAAAAUGUGAAAUUGUGCAAUGAACCUGGUAGUCAGUACUGUACCUUAUGCAUUACCACGUUUAUGCGUGAGGGUCACGUGCCGGGGGAGUCGUGCAACUUCCGGUUUUGCGGCAAAUACGACAGGCAGAUCUGUGAGCCAAUCAUCAAAGUAAAAUCAGAAGAAUAUGAAAAUAAGGAGCCAGAAAAAGAUAAAGCGAAACGAGGGAAAGAGACGCGAUGCAGCACACACCUACGUGCCAUGUAGUCGAACGAUGUGCAAUGGUCAACAUACACCCACGGACGAUAUAAUUGUUGUAAAUCGAUAUAAUUGUACGUAUCCCAAGAAAACCACAGGACAACUAGUGUUUUCGAUUGGUUUGCCAGCAACGGAAAGGCUAGGACAAGGGUAGCCUAGGUUGUUUUUUUGUAUGGCCGUUUAUCUCUUCGACUUCUUCAACUCGUUUUUUUUUUCGUAGGUUCGCAGGGACCUUUUGCGCAGGUGCGAUAGGGCGGAGUGCUAUUAUUUGUAUUUAUUGUUUUCCUCAAUCGACCAACCGUAUGUGUGAUGAUUGCAGGGGUAGAACCCUCCGUUUAUGAGAAAGCUCUCUUUGUUUGGUGUGGCUCCGCCCGACGUUGUCUACAAUCAACUCCUUGUUGGGGUAAAACAUAAUCGCUAAAGAAGCAUCACUAGAAAGAUUUCAGUUAGGGGAGGAUACAUUGUUCUUUCAUUCACUCUGGAGGUUACAAUGGACUUAUUCUCGAAGUGCGCACUUUACUUUGUCUAUCUGAAAAAUGACUUACACUGCUAUUAGUUCAAACUUCUUGAAAUAUGUGUAACAUCACCAAGUAAUGAUAAGGUAUUCAUUUUGAACUUACAAAAUGCUAUAAUUUCUCAAAAGAAAGCUUACUAAAAUAUCCAAUGCAAGAAUAG